AUGCAACAAGCAGUCUUAGUCACCGAAAUAGGGAAGUCUCUCACUCUCGGAAGUCGAGCUAUCCCAGAGCCAGCGGAUGGCCAAGUUCAAAUCAAACUAACAACACAACAAGUCGCGCCCCAUGACACCUACGGCCACGACCUCGGCCUUUUCAUCGCAGACCGCCUCCCUUUCAUUCUAGGAACCAACAUCGCCGGAACAGUCACCUCUCUCCCCGCCUCUCCUUCCCCAUUCAAAAUAGGCGAUGUCGUCUUCGGGCUCGGUUCCCCCUUCUACCCAACACCGGAAAUGUCAGGAUUGCAACAAUACGCUCUCCUCUCCACCGAGUCCUGCGCCAAAAUUCCUCAGGGAUGUACACCCGGUGACAUGGUCACAUUUCCGGUGAAUGCCACCACUAGCUUCGCGGCGCUGUUUGAUGUGAAGGGGUUUGGGUUUCCUGCACCUCCUCCAUUCCCACCCUCCAAAGAGGAAUUCGACGCAAAAGAGUUGACAGUGUUGGUGAUUGGUGGUGGUUCGGCAGUAGGCAAGUUAGCAAUUCAGUACGCGAAGCUUGCCGGUAUUGGGACGGUGAUCGCCAUUGCCUCUGUCGGGAGAACAGAAGAAUUGAAAGCACUAGGAGCUACCAAUAUCAUUGAUCGCCAUGCAUUGCCUGAGGAUAUUCGAGCAGAGGUCAAGGAUAUCACGGGGCAAGAAGGCGUGGAAUACAUUUACGACUGUGUGUCGUGGGACUAUGAUUUUGCGAUCUCGUUGCUAUCGAAGACAAAGAAGGGUGUCUUGUUGACGCUGCACCCUGCUGAGAAAGCAAUAGAGCUGGCCAAGGAGAUGAGACCGAGUGCCAGAGUGCAGUUUAUCGUGGGUAAUGCGGACUUUAUACAGCCGCAUACAAAGGCGUUUUGGGAGGCGUUGCCAAUUUGGGUGAAAGAGGGGGGUUUGAAAGUGGGAAAGGUUCGAGUGGUUGAAGGUCUGACCUUGGAGGGCAUUGAGGAGGGGUUGGCCAGUUAUAGGGAUGGGAGUGCGGUUUUGCCUGUGGUUGUGCAUCCUAAUUCAAUCUAAGGGAACGAUUGAGAGUUAAUUUUGUGUUUGGUUGCCACGGAGCUUUUGAAAUUUUACACUUCUCUGGCGUGUUUGAAGGGAAUAUUGUGUCUUAACCACGAGGUUUUAGUUGUUCCUACUAUCGCUUGAGCUGUCCUCUACUAUCACACUCUGUAUAUGCUCGUUUAUUUAGC